GGCCGGGCACCGUCGGGUUGCGGACGCGGAGCUCCGGGCCGCCGCGUUUGGCCCGAGGCGCUGCUGUGGCCUGGGACGCGCGCCGCCCGACGCCCCGCAUCACCGGGCCUGGCGCUGCCCGGACGGGGCCGGAGCGGCCCGCACAGCCGGCAAAAAAGUUAUGUUCUUUCAGGAAGUUGAAAGGGAGCUGAAUUCCAUCUAGCACUUAACCUUGGGCUGCAGUGCUGUAUGUUGAUUGUAGUGUUGGCUGAAGGCUGAAUAACAGGAAGUCCAGAAGAGUUCAGCUUGCCUCACUCACAGUAAUGCAGUUAUAAUAUGACUGUGUGAUGCUGAACAGCUUCUGUAUUGCUGUUGCUUCGUGACUCAUCGCCAACCACGGCGGGAUCCAUCAAGCCCACGCUCUGCAGGGUUGUCAUCUACCUACAGAAAGAGAUGUCGGGGGACACGUGUCUGACCACCACCCUUUGCCCAGCUGUGGGACCCAAGCCUAAAACUUGUAGCUUCAAAGUCGGCAGCCUUGGUAACAAGUAUGUGCGACUGAAUGUUGGGGGCUCCUUGUAUUACACUACAGUUCAAGUCCUGACCAGGCACGACACAAUGUUGAAGGCCAUGUUCAGUGGUAGAAUGGAAGUUCUCACAGAUAAGGAAGGCUGGAUCCUUAUAGACCGUUGUGGGAAGCACUUUGGAACCAUUUUAAACUAUCUCCGAGAUGACACAAUUGCACUUCCAAAACACAGACAGGAGAUCAAAGAGUUGAUGGCAGAAGCCAAGUAUUAUCUCAUUCAGGGCUUAGUUGAUAUGUGCCAAGCAGCUCUGCAGGACAAGAAAGACUUGUAUGAACCUGUCUGUAACAUCCCUAUUAUUACAUCUCCUAAAGAAGAAGAAAGACUGAUAGAAUCUUCAAUAAAACCCGUUGUUAAGCUGCUGUAUAAUAGAAGCAACAACAAAUAUUCUUACACCAGUAAUUCAGAUGACAACUUACUGAAGAACAUAGAACUGUUUGACAAACUUUCUCUCCGAUUCAAUGGCAGAGUUCUUUUCAUUAAGGAUGUUAUAGGGGAUGAAAUCUGCUGCUGGUCUUUCUAUGGACAGGGUCGGAAACUUGCUGAAGUCUGUUGUACCUCUAUAGUGUAUGCCACAGAGAAGAAGCAAACCAAGGUUGAAUUCCCUGAGGCACGUAUUUAUGAGGAAACUCUAAACGUCUUACUGUAUGAAACGCCGCGAGUUCCUGAUAACUCUCUGCUGGAAGCAACCAGCAGGAGCCGAAGCCAGGCCUCUCAUAGCGAGGAUGAUGAUGGUUUUGAACUUCGUGACCGAGUGCGCCGAAUCCAUGUGAAGAGAUACAGCACCUAUGAUGACCGUCAGCUUGGCCACUAGCAUGUCAGUUGAGGAGAGAGGGGUUGGUUUCAAGGCUUGUAUCAAUAUUCUUUGAUGGAGAUCAGGAAGUAGGGAGGGGUCAGUUGGACUCUGGACUGAUUUUCAUUUGGCUUCUCGUCUCUCCAGAGAAGCAAAUGGGCAUUUAUGCACACAAAACAACACUAAAGGCCAAGGGCUUUAAGAACUAAGAUGUUUGUUUUGCACCAUGUGCUUUAAACACAGACUGGCCCCUUUUUCAUGCAACAUGAGAAAUGGAUUCCAAAACACUGUGACCAUUUGUGGUUGCUCUUUUAUAUCUAACGAUGUGUACAUAUCUUACUUCCUGUGGGAAGUACUGCUUUUCUGAAUGAGAUGGAAUGAUUUGAAAGUAUUUUUUUCAGUUACUUGUCCUUUUAGGGUUUGGUGUAAUGGAACUUCUGGUUCUUAAAUCAAAAUACUGAAGAGGGGGUGGAAAGAACUCAAACAUGACUACUUCUAUGAAACACUACAGCUGAUAACCCCUGGAGGAAACAGUUAGUUAUCCACUAGUAAGAUGCACUGCAAUGUGAUUUCUUCCACCUAUUUUUUCCUUAUACGCAUACAGCAAUUUGUGUUCCAGUUUAGUUGUAUUUAAAACUCAUUAAUUCUAAGGCAUGCUUUUCUGAGAAGUCAAAUCAUCAAAAAAAUCUCCUCCUGUGAAAAAUAAGAAAUAUCUGAAAAUUUAAAUACACAUAGAAUGACAUGUCAUGGGAACUGGAAAAAAUAGAUAUGGUGAAGGAGUAAAGUUUAUCAAAUAAGAAAACUUAAAGAAUAGACUGUGGUAGGGAUGGCAUUGUUCAGGGCUUUGAUAGUGUGAUCCUGUUCAUCUAAACAAUGGCAACCUGUAGAAUUAUGUAAUUUUACAUUAGUUUCUCCCCGUGGCCCAAAAGUGUUAUUUGAUGUUAAAUUUCUCCAGCAACAGGGGAAAAAAACACAGUGGCUGGGGAAGUGCAGACUAUACAGUUUUAAUGCUAGAUAAUAUAGUGAAGAGUGAGUUUAAAUUUUGUGUUCUGAAUUACUUCUAGAGCAUAGAAGUUGAAGAAUAAUCAUAAAAACAUGUUCCAAGGCAUGCAGGAGGCCUUGGACAGAGAAAAGAGAUAGUAAGCUGAAAUAUCAGCUUUAUUCUGAGUGCUUGAUUGGAUGCUAAUUUCGGAGGACUACUCAGAAGACUGGAGUGCCAGCUGGUUUGCACAGUGGGUCUCUAGAAAAACUUUUAGUAUGAAAAGUUGCUGAUUUCUUUUUAACUGUUUGAUUGUAUGUUUCAAAUGUAGGUUGCAGAUUCAAAUUUUACCACUGUUAGAAAAGGUUAUUACUUGAAGGUUGCUCAUUGACACGUAUGGACGUGUGUCAGUGGCUUAGUGUGCUCCACCACUGCUUUUAUUUCCUUAUAUUUUAUGUGAAGGUGGAAGCCUCAGAUUCCAUGAUGGUUAGUUGUGAACUCCUUUGACCAGUGCCAAAAUUACAUGUAAGUUUUAAAGCAAAUAAGUGCAAAAGCCAAAUUGAUGAAGUAAAGUCAUAACUAAAAUCAAGAUAGAAGAUUAUUAAAAAAAAAAAAGGGGGGGGGGAAC